CAACUAAACAAGGCCCUAGAUUCACAAACUUUCUUGUUUGAGUCGUUAGCUGCCUGGAUGCUUUAAAAUUUGAACGCCAGUGAGCCCAAAGAGAAGCCAAAGCUAGCUGUAGCGUCCAGGCUGAUGGCAGAAGCGCUCUCCUCCACCACGGGGAACUGGAGAGCAGAUACAGUAAUCCCGCUCAACGGUCACUCCCGCUAUGUACUUAAACCUCCCCCACGCGCCACGCCGUCCCCCUACUCUGCUCAGCUCAACGCCACCUCACUCGCUCGAUCACUGUCGCAAGCACAGAGAACAAGCACACCGCGCCACACGAGUCACAAAGGCAAAUGGCGUCGGCCGCCGGCAACUCGAGCCUGCGGAGCGGCUGCUCCCUCCCCAACCUCCUCGUCUGGCUUCUCAACCUCUCCCUCCUCGCCCUCGCCGCCGCGGCGCUCGGCCCGGUCCUCCUCCUCCGCCCGCGCCCGACGCCCUUCGGCUGGGCGCUCGUCUCCGUGCACGCCGCCACCCUGCUCUCCGCGCUCGCCGCGCUGUCCGGCCACGCGCUGGCGUCCGCGGCCUUCCUCCUCCGCCGCGACCGUACCCUCGCGCUCCUCGGGUCCGCCAGGGACCGCCGGGAGCAGCUCGUGCUGACGUUCCUCGAGGAGGUGCUGCUGCUGGGCAUGCUCCUGGCGCAGGCCGUGGCGCUGGCGGCCGCGUGCGUGGUGAGCCGGCGGUGGAAGCGGGAGUACCAGGCGGCCGAGACGGAGAAGGCGGCCGUCGCGAGGAAGAGGGGGAGGAAGAUGGCGCGGGUGCAGGCGGAGUCGGCGGCGGCAGCGGAGGCAGGGGUGAAGGCCGUCGACGAGAAGGUGAUGAGGAGCAGCAGUGGCAAGAAGGUGCAUUGGGCCAACAACGACGGAUUCGAAGAGUGCUAGAGAAACAAGGCAAUUGGACGCAAGAAAGUAGAAGGAUCAGUGAUAAUCUCAUGUGUUAUUGUUCACAGAUAUGAUGGCCAUUAUAGUGUGGCCAGAUGCAACUAGAGUUGCUAUUUGUUCUUUGGGGUUACUAUAUGUACUAGUAUGAGAGAGUAGUUCUGUUUA